UGGGAUUUUUUAGAGUGAAAGGCCAAGUUUGCGUCUGGUAACACUGGUCAAAUAAACAUUCACGAAAAAACUAAUCGGUGUAAUUGUGGCUGGCCCCGUGUGGCCGAAAAUAAUCUAAAACGCGGGCAAAAAACAAUAUAACCAACUAAUAGCCGCAGUGAGCGAGUGGAAUCCCGUGGCAACUGCAUUCUUAAGGUGGCCGUUGCUAAUAAGUAAGUGUAAGCGAAUGAGAGCGCAAAGCAGAUGGCGGAGAGCGUCCCGCGCGUCAGUGUGUGUGUGCGUGAAUGAGAAGUAGAAAGCGGCGGUAAAAACCUUCGCGUGUAAGGGAAAAAAACCAUAUUAUUUUUAUUCGGAAAUAUAUAAUUCCCGAAAAGGGGAGAAGAUCUGCGGAUAUCAAAAGAGCAGGCGGAGCAACAGUCUCGCCGAGGAGCAGAAUCUGCGGACGAAAACAAAAACGCUUUGCAGGCAACCGCCGAUACUGAAAGUGCCAGCGUGUGAGUGCGUGCCAGCGCGUCGUGUGUGUGUAGUGGUGUGGGCAGUGAGAACGGCAAAGAGAAAACAGUGAUAAUCACAAAAAGGCAAAUAGAUUGCUGCAAAUGGUUGAAUAAUAUUAAAUCCAACACCGCCAGUGCUGCAAAAAUCGGUCUGUAUUAUCGUGAAGUGUGUGCAGUGUUGCACAUCGCGGCCGCCCAACGCAUAAUUCAACACACCCUCCUGCCGCCCCUCUGUCCAUUACCUCCCCGUGAAAUUGACAGUGUCAAAAUAUAUUUCUUCUUCUGGGCUUCUUUCCGUUUGCGAGCUUAAAAAUGCGACACGAUAAUCAGUCACGGAACCCAAUAAAUUGUUUUUGUUAUUAGAUUUAUGCAUUUUUUGACCAUUCUUUUACUACGUAGGCAAGUACGUAGCGUAUAAAAAGCUGCAUCCUUACCCUUAAAAGGUCGGAUCGAAGAGCAGAAAUAAAACCGUACAGCAGCACAGCUAGAAAAUGAGCAGCAGCACCAGUGGCAACAACAAGGCCCGUCGGAAGCAAAAUCCCGAGCCACCUGUCCAUGAUGAGGACCCGAUGGCCCUCAAUCACCUGAAUGGUAUGGCCAACGGGAGUGGUGGUGCCAAACGUCGCAGGGCCAGCAAAACUAUGGCAACGGCGGCUACAAUGACGAUGCCAUCACUGACCAAUGGAGUCAGCAAGAAGGCCAGACUGGAGCAUACAUUGGAGGAGAGUUCCAGUUCCCGUUCUGGAAACACUUCGGUCAAAUCUCUGGUCUAUAACAACAACAAUAAUAACAACAACAACAGCAUCACUGCCACAAAUGGCCAAUACAACAGAACCAACAACAAGAACAGCAAGGAACCCACAAUGUCGGAGAGGGAUUACAAUUACCGGGACACACACUCGCCGGCAACUCCUCCAUCUCCACCAUCGCCUCCAUCCUCUGCAUCAUCUGAAUCACCUCCGCCGCCGCCACCUCCAGAUAACCAUGUCGACGAGAUCGUGUGCAUUUCGGAUGCGGAGACCGAAAACGAGGAAGAGCGCGACUACUAUGAUCAGGAUACUGAGGAAGAGGAGCAGGCCGUGGACAGCGAGCUGGAGAUCGACGAGGUUACCCCGAGGGCCGGAUGCAACAAUGCGAACGCGGCUGCAGCAGCUGCGGCAGCGGCAGCCACAUCGUCGGAAGCCUCAAUGCCGGCAAACAACAAUACCACCAAUUCCACAUCGCCCAUCGAUCUGGAUAACGUGGCGCACCAGGAGGAAUUGGAGCAGCUCACCGAUUUGCGAUCCUAUGUUAAAUUGUACAGCGAUGAGGCCGUCAGUCUGAAAGACUUUAAAAUUAUACGUGUUCUGGGCACUGGAGCAUACGGAAGGGUGUAUCUUGUUCGUAAGCUGACGCGUCACGACGCUGGAAAACUCUAUGCGAUGAAAGUUCUAAACAAGAUAACGGUUGUCCAGAAGCGCAAAACCGCAGAGCACACUAAAACAGAGCGUGUGGUCCUGGAAGCUGUCCAGCGAAGCCCUUUUCUUGUAAGUCUUCAUUACGCCUUCCAGUCAUCGACGAAGCUGUAUUUGGUGCUAGACUUUGCCAAGGGCGGCGAGUUAUUCACGCACAUCUACCAUGCCGAGCACUUUGAGGAGCAACGAGUGCGUGUGUACAUAGCCGAGGUAGUGCUGGCCUUGGAGCAGCUGCAUCAGCUGGGCAUUAUCUAUCGUGAUAUCAAGCUGGAGAAUAUUCUACUCGAUGGCGACGGACACAUUGUAAUCUCCGAUUUUGGUCUUUCAAAGAUCCUGACCGCUGAGAACGAGUACCGGGCGACCAGCUUCUGCGGCACACUAGAAUACAUGGCACCGGAAAUUAUCAAGUCGUCGCCACCUGGCCACAACAGUGCUGUGGAUUGGUGGUCGGUGGGUGUGCUCACCUUUGAGCUUUUAACCGGUGCAUCGCCAUUUGCGUCAUCGGAUGUGCAGAGCCAGCAGUCAGAGAUCUCGCGUCGCAUCUUGAAUGAGCCGCCGUCGAUCCCCAGCUCGUUUAGCCCCGAUGCCAAGGACUUUGUGGAGAAGAUGCUGCAGAAGAGCCCGAGAAAGCCUGGGGGCAAUCAUCGCGACGCAACCGAGAUCAAGGAGCAUCCCUUCUUCAAAGGCAUUAACUGGCAGGAACUGCGCGUCAAGCGACGAAAGGCGCCUUACAAGCCCGUUAUCAACUCCGAGGACGAUGUACAGAACUUUAGCACCGAGUUCACCGACCAGCUGCCCGAGGAUCCCGAGUGUGAUGCUCCGCCUAGUCGGAUUCGGCUGUUCCGUGGCUAUACCUACGUCGCGCCAGAGCACUUGGAGCAGAUGCGUCGGGACAACAACUGUAAUAUUGAGUACUGCAACCCUGGACUGCAGAACGUACCUUCGCGGCCGGAUGACCUAGAGUUGGGCAGCAAGACGGCAAGCGGUGCUUAUGGCACCUGUCAUUUUGUCUCUGACAUCUCCACCGAGAUGGUGUUUAUGGCCAAGGUCAUACACUUGUCCAAGUAUCGGGCCUCCGAAGUGGACGCACUGAUCUCGUGCGCCUUGGACAGACAAGGUCACAGGAAUAUUGUUAGUUAUCAUGGUACUUUCCGGGACAAGUGUGAGGCAUGGAUUAUAAUGGAGUAUCUGUGUGGUGAGGAGUUGUCGGCGCUAAUCCAGCGAAACUUUCUGGACGAACAGGCCUGCCGGGAGAUCUUCCAGCAGCUCGUAAUGGCCGUACGGCACGUCCACGCCAAGCACUUUAUACAUGGUGACCUGAAGCCAGAGAACGUGAUGUUUGAGAGUCGCGACGAUCAGACUGUGAAACUUGUGGACUUCGGCAAUGCCUGCUAUAAUGGGAAGUUCCUGAGUUGGAAGGACAAGCCGCGCUAUACUUUGGACUACGCACCGCCGGAACUCCUGGCAGAUCCCAAUAUAGUGACAUACUCGCCGGCUGUGGAUAUCUACGGAUUGGGCGCCACACUCUAUGCAAUGCUGGUGGGUCAUCCGCCAUACAGACAGAGUUCCAGAGACGUGGAACACACCGCCAAUGCUCAUCACAGGCUCCGGAGGCGCAUGCAACGAGAGCCGUUCAAUCAGCGUUCAAGGGGCUGGCUAAACGCCAGUCCUGCGUUCCGGCACUUGGUGGGCUGGUGUCUGCAACGGAACCCCGCCGACCGGCCCAAACUAGACGAUAUCCUUGACAGUGAGUGGCUGCAGUAUGGCACCAAUGAUCCCGAUGUGGAUAUUAUUGUACCAGCGGAGCAGCAGGAGGUGGUCGAUCUCAGCGAGGACACCAUGGAGCAGCCUACUUCAGGUGUGCAGAGCCAACCCAAAUCUAGCUCCACGCUCGAUAAGUCGACGGAGGAUGAGGGCAUCACUCUGGUCAACGAACAGGUGGAGGAGGCUCUUCCCAACGGCGCAACUGCGGCGGCAAUUCCUGCUCCGAUAUCAGACGAUGAGGAUCUGGUUCUGCACGAACGUUUUGAUCCAGACUUUGAUUGCCUGCCGGUCUUUUACGGCUUUGACGAGAACGCGCCGCCCCUUCGUUUGCCCGAGGAAUACUAUACCGAACUUCCGCUACCGCAGCCGCCGCCUCAGGAGGAGCGCUUGGAGAUGCCUCCGCCACCUGCGCCAGCGGCUCCAGUUGCUGCGACCAAUACGACCGAAGCAACAACCAGUCGACGACCCAGAACCCGUCAGCAGCGUCGUACCGAGAGCCAGCUACUGCAAAAUCCGGUUGCAGAUGCGCCAGAGGUGGAUAGCAAGGAAAGCUUGUACCUCCUGAUGCAGCAAUUGCCGCCACCCACAGAGACUGUGGUAGCCCGGAUACCAAGAGUGCAACGCGCCGUGCGCGCAAUCCCCUCUACUGUGGGUCGGAAGAAACUGGAUGAGGAGGAUCACUUGGGCUUCAACAAGACACGGAAUACGUGGCGUAAAUCGCGGGCCAGCUAUCGUCACUUCUGUCUCCUGAUAAACGGUGUCCAGCAGGUGCUCAAGCAUAAAUUCAAAAAGGAACGUCGGGUCUACAGCUUGCCGUCGGUGAAAAUUGAAAAAAUCGACGAAGCGUACGAAAAACUGCAGAUCUACCCCAGACCGAAGCCACCCAAGCCGAGGCAGCCCAGGGCACCCAAAGUGUACCGCCCACCGACGCGAGUGCAGCCGGAGAGAGCGCGGGCGCUGCGCCAGCUUUAUGUGUUUGAAUGACAUCCUCAACGGCAGCAGCCGGCGCCGGAGGAUAACGACGACGAGGUGAUGCUUGUGGAAGUGAAGGAGGAGCAGCUAGACGAGGAGGAGAAGCAACUGCAGGCGGUGCUGCAGUGGGAGACGGCGGCGGCGGCUCGAAAGCUUAGGAGCUGACGGCAGACAAUGACACAAACCAGGACCAGGACACCAACGAGCAGAACCCGGCUCUAACCAGCCGCACCAAAGAUCCUGUCAAUAAUUAUUCAACAUUUUUUGUUACAACCAUUCGAGAUGUAAGGUAAGAGAAGAGCUCAUCCUUUGCUUUGGAUAGUAACUUUUCGACCUUUAACUUGAAGGGGAAUCUUAAACCCUAGCCCUAGUGCUUCGUUGUGCUAGGCAAUUAGUUAAUUUUGCAUAAACCAUAAUUUUAAAGUCAAACACAAACCAGCAACUCUUUUCCAAGAAGCGGAAGGAGGGGCCAGAACAAUAAGGAAAGACCCGAGACCACACACAAUCACUAAUAUCAUUAAUAAGAGAGAGAGCUGCAAUUAGUUAAGUGCAAAGUUGUAUGUUUAAGCGAGAAGGAGAGCAGUGAGAACGACUAUAUAAUACCCUCUAUAAACACACAUAUAUACAAAUUUGCUUUAAGUUGUGUCCUAACUUAAGUUACAUAUAUAUCUUACAUAUAUAUAUAUUUUUUAUUAUUAACCAGCUCAUUGCCAAAUGCCUUCAGGAUCGAGUGAUCGACCUUGUCUGCUUUUGGCAAUGUUGUUUUCAAUUCCGAAGUAUCCUAAAUAUGCUACACAUGAUUUUCAGUGGCAGGAAAAUGGAAGCGAACGCCGCAGAAGCG